GAAGAAAUGAACAAAUAAUUCUACGCAAAAUUAUAAGAAAAGCAAUCAACAGUCAGUUGUGAAUCAAAUGAAAAUAUACACCUGGAAUGUGCAUUUUUCUUUUCUUUUUCUCUACAGAUCCCAGUCCUUAAGUUUCGUUCCUUUGUCUCCUUGCACUUCGUGGAAGACCCCACACGUAACAGAAGACACGACCGACACCGAAUAUGCUGGCGGCGGAAACCAGGCUGUGGACUUUACGGCAGGCCGGUUGGAGAUUGGAGCGGUAUGUGGAGGAAUUCUGUGAGCUAGCCCAUCAGCUGAGCUGGCGCGACGCCGUUCUUGGUGCGUGCUUUCUGCAGGGGCUGGACGACGAUAUUAUCCGAUGCGAUCUUCCUUCCUCGGAUUUUCCCCUGAAAGAACUCCUUAAUCUGGUACUGUUGUUAAAUGAUUCCAACUUCGAAAUUCACGAAGUAGUAGAACCCCGUCAGUCUAGUUGUCCAGCCCAUGCAGAAGCACGCCACAUCGCGCCAGCUCACCUAAAGCCCGGAACCCCCACAUACCGCACCAAUCGCUCGGACCACCUGCCCGACCACAAAUACCCCCAAGUCCUCCUCAACACCUCCAUCGUCCCCAGUUCUGGAAGGCCGCCGAGAAGCACGGCCAACCCGCCGACUGAGAGAGCGGCCAACCCGCCGCCGAGAAGUGUGGCAGGCCUGCUGGUCCCGUCCAGCUCACCUUCGCCUCCGCUGGUCCCGUCCAGCUCACCUUCGCCUCCGCUGGUCCAGUCCAGCUCCCCUUCGCCUCCACUGGUUCCGCCCAGUUCCGCGCCGCCCGAGCGCAUUAAAGAAUCCGCGCUUCCAGAGCGCCCCCCUGUCCCUGCGCCAAGAAGGCGCCUCCCUAGCUCCGCGCUUCCCGAGCGCCCCCUAGAGAUAGCGCUUCCAGAGCGUCCUCCAGUACCUGCGCCAAGAAGGCGCCUCCCUGUCUCCGUGCUGCAAGAGCGCCCCCUAGAAUUCGCGCUGCAAGAGCACACACAGUGCCUGCGCCACGAAGGCGCCUCCCUGUCUCCGCGCUACAAGAGCGCCACCCAGAACCCGCGCUGCAAGAGCGCACCCCAGUGCCUGCGCCACGAAGGCGCCUCCCUGUCUCCGUGCUGCCAGAGCGCCCCCAAGAGUCCGCACUGUCCGAGCGGCCCCAAGAAUCCAAACGAAGAUUGAAGGCCCUUAAUU